AUGGCGGAAGUUGAACCGAUGAUAAUCGGCGGAGCUGAUGAAAACAGCCCGAAAUCGAACGGCGCAGAUCAGAAAAAGAAGGCAUCGAAGAGAAAGAGAGGGGAUCAAUCUGUAUGUACCGCAAGCCCAGAAGAUAAAGAGGCAAAAAUCAACGGAUUCCGCGAGGAAAUCAACAGUUUAAUCAAAUUCUGCAAAGAUUUAGUGUUGGAGCAAAGACGGGCGUUGUUGGAUAAUGUGGAGAAAAUUGGGAUUUCUUCCGCCUCUUUAAAUGGCGUGAUUGCAUGUUUGAUGGAAGAGAGUGAACUUCCUUUGUCAAAGCUUGUGGAUGACAUUUAUGAGAAAGUUACGGGUAAAACUGGAAAUGGUGAUAGUGUUAGUAAGGCUAGUGUGAAGAACAGUGUGCUUCUAGUUGGGCAGAGAUUAUGCUAUGGAGUGUCCAAUGCAGAUACUGACAUUUUGGAGGAUGAAUCUGAGUCUGCCCUCUGGUACUGGGAGACAAGAGAUUUGAAACUAAUGCCAAAAUCAAUGCGAGCUACUCUGAAAGUUCGGCGUACUUGUCGAAAAAAGAUCCACGAAAGAAUUACUGCUGUAUUGGCAAUGAUAACUGCACUGGAAAAAUCAGAGGGCCAUCAGAGCUACAGGCAAGAUUUGAUAAAAGCUGCAGACAAGCUUAGCAAAGUUUUAACCGAAGCAGAUGUCCGUUUAUUGAUGGAGACCAUGUCCCAGAAAAAUGCUGCUCAAGUGUCCGAGAAAGAAGUCAAGCGAGAAGAAAAGCUUUUAAUCAGGCAAAUGGAGAAAAACAAACGGCAGAUGGAGAAAGAGAGGAUACGGAUGGAUCGGGAGCUUAAUAAGGAAAAGUUGCAAACUGAAAAAGAACUAAAGCUGUUAAAAGAUGAGGCCGAGAAGGAGGAGUGUCGCCUUGAGAAGGAAGAAUCUGAAAUGCGGAAACAGCUGAAAAGGCAGCAAGGAUAUAUAUGGAAAUCACACUUGAGAUCUUGGCGUUGUUUUGGACGCAAAGUUCGUUCUAACAGGAAAAUGCAUUGGGGAAUUCGUCAGAAGCCUAAGACAGAAGUGGUCAAGGAACUUAAGCUUAGUACUAACAGAGAAUCGACCUGUGAUGAAGACUUGAGCAUAGAGAAGCUUGUGGAUGGAUGGGAUGACUCUAAUAUUGAUGGACGAUUAUCUUGUACGAAUGUUAGUAUUCCUCCCAAUGGCCAGAAGCGCUGUAGGAAUAGGCAGCUUUUACAGUUUGAUAAGAGUUAUAGGCCUGCCUUUUAUGGUGUUUGGUCCAAGAAAAGUUCAGUUGUUGGAGCACGUCACCCAUUUGCAAAGGAUCCAGACUUAGACUAUGAAAUUGAUAGUGAUGGGGAGUGGGAAGAGGCGGAGCCUGGUGAAAGCCUAUCAGAUUGCGACAAGGAUGAUGAAGAUGAAAAUGCAGAAGGACAUUCAAGAGGCGAUGAUGAAGAUGAGAGUGAAGAUGGCUUUUUUGUACCUGAUGGAUAUCUCUCAGAGAAUGAGGGCGUACAGGAUGAUGAAAUGGAAUCUGAUAAAUUGGUUGAGGAGACAAGAAACUUGCCUGAUCCUGAACUGGUUGGGCAGAAUGAAGAAUUCUAUACCUUGCUUCGACAACAGAAGUAUCUGAAUAAUUUGACAGAGCACGCACUUCGGAAAAACCAUCCCUUGAUGAUAUUGAAUCUUAUGCAUGAAAAGGCUAUUCUGUUACCGGCUGAAGGGCUCACCGAUACGCAGAAGUUUGAACAAAAGUGCUUGCAAUCUCUAAGUAUUCUUCCUUACCCGGGUUGCCCCCCAAUAGAGAUAUCAAUUUGUAAUGACACAGUACAUGAGGAUCAAGAAGCUUCCCCUUCAAGUAGUAAGUCAAGUACGACUCCAGUGGCAAGUGCUGUAGCUAUAUUGAACUCGGACUUGCCUCAAAUUGUAUCUGUAAUCCAAUCAUGCUCACAGAGUAUAGGCAAGGUGUUGGAGUCCUUGCAAAAUAAGUUCCCGGCUGUCCCAAAAUCCCAGUUAAGGAACAAAGUGCGUGAAAUAUCAGAGUUCUCUGAUAAUCGUUGGCAGGUUAAGAAAAAAAUUCUGGCUGAGCUUGGUCUGUCUGUAUCACCAGAAAAGAGUUGUGGGAAAACAAAGAGCAUUGCGAAAUUUUUCUCGAAAAGAUGUCUGCCUCCAUCUGGAAAGACUAGUAACCUGAUUGAAACUUCCCCACAAUCAUCCUACAAAGCUGCAGCUGCCAGACAACAACAGCAGGAUAGCACUAUCGAGAAUCAAUAA